UAUGUUCCGUACCAGUCGUACCAUAGUCAAUACCCCUCCAGCUCACACUCCUACUAAAUUCUCGCACACGCUUUUACUAAAGCCUGUGAAGAUGAAUGAAACUGUACUUCAAUAGUGGCAUACUUUAGAUUACCUACGAGUUAACUGAAAGCUUAAUUACUGCCGUAAAAAGAUAAUGCGAAUUAUUAUUAGGAAAGAAAUGACGGUAUGGACAAUAGAUUGGAAGGCUCUUUGGGGUGGCUGAAGGAUGAUUAUACAACGGAGACGACAGCCAUACCUGAAAUCAUCAUCGCCGAAGAGGCGGCGGCUGGAAGCCUUGCGGUGAUAAUAGUGUCUGCGAUAAUUUCAAUUACUUUAUUAUUCAUAAUUGCCAUCUUUAUAGACUGUAGGCAUCAGAAAGCUAAAAAUGGAAAACUGCGAUCAAGAAUGUUUAAAAUAACCUUGCCCAAAUUUGCGACUCCCAGAGUCGAUCAGGAGCCUAUAGCUGACAAAAUGGAGACUGAAGAAGCGACUCCGGCUCCUGCAACUGUGAUAGUUUAGCACUUGUUAGGUCAAAGAAAACUAUUUUGUGCUGGUAAUCAAGUUUAGGUAUUACUGGAAGACUGAGUAUAAUAAAUUUACGCACUAGUCCUAGGUAAAUAAAAUAAAAAUAUAAGAGAUGUAUUUUGAGGAAUUAUACGAUUAGAAUUAA